GGCACAGAGCUGCGGGCACAGGGACUCCCGCGCGCGCGCGUGCGUGAAGGACGCGCGCUCCCGUUCGCCGUGCGUGCGGCUGCGGGGAGCCCGUGUUCGCGCGCGCACCGCUGCGGGUGCCAUUGGCGCGCGGGAGGUGUCAGCCUUCUAAGUAGCAUAUGGCAAAAAUUUAAGCCACACUGUGAAACCCUGUGGUUAAGAGCCUGUUCCUUCUGAACUUCUCUGCUGCUGUGGAUGGCCCCGGCUGUCUUGACUGCCCUUCCCAAUAGGAUGUCACUGAGAUCCCUCAAAUGGAGCCUCCUGCUGCUGUCCCUGCUGAGUUUCCUGGUGAUAUGGUACCUCAGCCUUCCCCACUACAAUGUGAUCGAGCGUGUGAACUGGAUGUACUUCUAUGAGUAUGAGCCAAUUUACAGACAAGACUUUCGCUUCACGCUUCGGGAACAUUCGAACUGCUCUCAUCAGAGCCCAUUCCUAGUCAUCCUGGUGACCUCGCGCCCCUCAGAUGUGAAAGCCAGACAAGCCAUUAGGGUUACUUGGGGUGAGAAAAAGUCCUGGUGGGGAUAUGAGGUUCUCACGUUUUUCUUACUAGGCCAGCAGGCUGAAAUGGAAGACAAGACGUUAGCACUGUCCUUGGAGGAUGAACACGCUCUCUAUGGCGAUAUCAUACGGCAGGACUUUUUAGAUACGUAUAAUAACUUGACCUUGAAAACCAUUAUGGCUUUCAGGUGGGUGAUUGAAUUUUGCCCCAAUGCCAAGUAUGUCAUGAAAACAGACACUGAUGUUUUCAUCAACACUGGCAAUUUAGUCAAGUAUCUUUUAAACCUAAACCACUCAGAGAAGUUUUUCACAGGUUAUCCUCUAAUUGAUAACUAUUCCUAUAGAGGAUUCUUCCAUAAAAACCACAUUUCAUACCAAGAGUACCCUUUCAAGGUGUUCCCUCCCUACUGCAGUGGGCUGGGCUACAUCAUGUCCGGCGACCUGGUGCCAAAGAUAUAUGAGAUGAUGAGUCACGUGAAACCCAUCAAGUUUGAAGACGUCUAUGUCGGCAUCUGUUUGAAUUUGUUAAAAGUGGACAUUCAUAUUCCAGAAGACACAAAUCUUUUCUUUCUGUACCGAAUACACUUGGAUGUAUGUCAGCUCAGACGUGUGAUUGCAGCCCAUGGCUUCUCUUCCAAGGAGAUCAUCACAUUUUGGCAGGUCAUGCUGAGGAACACCACAUGCCAUUACUAAUCCAUCCUUUGUCCGCCUAGGGAAGGGAGGAAGGACGCUGUGGAAAGGGUCAGAGUUAGUACUGUGGGAAACUCUGGAAGUUGAGCGUGCUGGCUUGCCAGGACUGAAACUCAUGGAGCAUACCUAUACUGGAGCUGCAGGGCCUGAUCAGUGUUUGUUUUCACAGAAUUUAACCUGGAUCCUUAAAGGUGAUAGAGGAGUCAAACAUAAAACAAACAAAUGGUCUUGCUAAUAAAAUCAAAGAGUCAGACAGCCUGGAUGACUCAGGCUGUAGAUUAGAAUUUCCAAGAUUUCCCUGAAAAACUAACUAGUCCACAGCCAGAAAACAGUGUGGUGUUGUAUUUACUAGAUAGUAUAGUCAUGUAAUGGUUCAGUGUGUAUCUUAGGUGGUUAUUAUUAAAAGAUAUAUAUAUUUCUUGUAAAAAGCUUUACUGAAAUUAUAUUGAAAAAAUACAUUUGUACUGUUUUCAUUUGCAAGGUACUAUGAUGUGGUACUUCAGAGUUAUCACAUCAAAUAUUAUUUAAUGUUAUUUCAAUUUUCUAAGUGUUUAAAGGUGAUGAUGGUUUCAGUAUUAUAUAGUGAAUUGCCUUUCACAUUUGAGCUUUGUUUUAUUCGCUCUGCUGAUCAGUUUAAUUUUGAAAGUCCCAUUAAUGUGACAUCAUAGGUUAUUAUUGACUGUCCGUAAUCUGUUGAACUCUGUGCACUGUAAACAUAUGGCGAAUUCAAGCAAGAAAAUUCGAGCUUUGUACAGCCUUUUAAAAAUGCAAUCAGUGUUUCUGAAUGUCACUUCAUCUGUCUCAUUAUCCUCCAAAGAAUUUGAGAAUAAUAAAGAAUUCUAGCCAGAGCGUUUCCUAAAGGCACAGAAGGCUAAGAUGGUCUUAGCGUUUCCUAAUGCAGUGUGUACGUUGGAAAGGGAAGGUGGAAGAUCCAAGCUGUAUUGUUAACCUACCCAGUGUGUCUUUUCUACUGAUUAAUCGAUUUGUGAAUAAAGGAUUUU